AGUGAUUUUAAAAACAUGUUACCGUUUACUUCUAACCAUACUUUCCUGAAAGCAAUGAGGGCGACAUUUUUCCUGGCUUGUUUCGGUGUUGCCGCGGCUUUGAUCGUGAUUGUGAACGCCACGAAAUGUCACCAUGAGGACAUUACCACAUGCACGAGUAUUUCGUGCAACAACGGCACGAUGGAAGUAGGAUGCGUUCAUGACACGUGUACAUGUGUGCUCAAGGCAAUAACUUGUCAGCAAGUAUCUGACUGUGGAGGCGGUUGUAAUCCAGACCAGAGCAUGCAUUGCUUCGAUAACGUAUGCCAGUGCAUGAAACUCCAUUGAUUUGUGUUGUGUAUGUAUUACAUGAAACAAGAGCAAAUACACAUAAAUAUCA